GUUACAGAGGGUCCAAGAUCAUACCCCCAAGACAUGCUAACCUCUUGGGAGUAUGAUCUUUGACCCUCUGUAACUCUUACAGAUAUCUUAGUGAUCGAAAACAUAUCCUUCAUGUCAAUUAUCUUUUUUUGAAAGAAAGAAUGUCGGUCUUUUUUGGAGGAACAGAAAGAAUGUCUGUCUUUUUUUUGAGGAACAGAAAGAGAGCUGUAAAAUAGAGACUUUCCAAGCUGUUUAACAGACACUAUGACUGUACUGUACGGAUACAGUUCUGCUGCUCCUCAGAUGUUCACAGACGUUAACUGUGACAGAGAACACACUGCAGCCCUCCACUAAUUUCUUCAUUGACUGUGGGACAUGUUAUACUUUAUUUACUUUUGGAACCAAACUAACCAUUAGAGAAUGACUUUGUAACCUUCAACUGGAGCUGUUAGUCACCAAGGAGAAAGGCAUCUGAAAGAAAUAAAGAAGAAGAAAGGCUCCAUACUGUUUGCAGCACUCCGACGGGUGUUACUGUAUCAAACCAACAUUCUACAGAUUUCAACCGGAUCCGAACAAUCAUCUCAGUAGAUUUGACUGUUGUUGGGAGAGAUGAGCGCAAUGUUUUCCCUGUUCCUGUUGAUUCAGAGUGUUAAUGGAUGGAUGCAUCCUAAAUGCCACGUUUAUAACACUGGGGAAUACUUUCCCACCUGGAACUACUGUCCUUUGGCAGAACAGUACACUGCUGCCUGUCGAGAUGUCACAGCCAUCGAGGAGGAUCUGGUUGGACUUCCCUCUAAUAUCAAUACCCUCUGCAUAUCUAUGAAACGUGGGGAAAAUAGUUCUAUGUCUCUGGGCUUUUUCGCUCGUUUUCAGUAUUUGGAGUAUCUGUACAUUGGAGGCUGUUUUCCUCAAAUCCUUCCAGCUGGGAAUAGCCAGGGCCUUCAAAAUCUGCAACAUAUGUACAUUAAUGGAUUGGUCACUGGGUGCUGUGAUUGUCAUAUUGGGCCUAACACAUUCAGAGAUCUAGUUAAGCUAAGUAAUUUGACCAUAUUUGGUUAUAGGCUAUCAGCAAUGGCACCAGAUGUUUUCCAUUACAUACCUCAAUUACAAAGUGUCUAUAUUCAUGAACCCUGUGUAGAGAAUUUGUCAGAAAUACUAUGCAGAAUAGUUCAUAUAAUUUCACUUACAAAGUUAAAUGUACAUGCACCAAAUAUACAAUCUUUAAACCAAUCAAACUGCUCCAUGUUAAAAGCUACCGAAAGCAAUCUAACAAGCGUCAAUUUAGAUUUCGGUCAAAUAAACCAUAUAGAGGAAGGUGCACUGGCCUGUCUCCAGAACCUGACACGUUUUUCUGGGGGCCUAAACCAGGAUGUCCUACUGCGCCUUCCCCUGUCUGGCAUUAAGCAAAUCCAGGUCUUGUAUUCCUAUGGUAGGGAUAGCAUUGUUUUUGAAAGUAUCUGUAAUGUAGUGUUUUUGCUUUCAAUCAAGGAAAUACAUUUUGCCAAUGUCAAUACAAGCAGCCUCUCCAUGUCCAGUGUUGAAUUGUGCAUUGGGCUGGAAUAUAUGGGUUUUGAUGGACCUGGAGCCUUCCAUUCUUCUCCCCAUUUGAAAUGGAAUUUUAUUUCCAGUCUCAAAAACCUUAAAAUGUUAUAUGUAUCUGGCCAGACAGAAAACAGUCUUGACCUCUGCUCAUUCCGAAAACAACCAAUCACAUGGUUAACAGAACUCACUUUCAUGUCGAGCAAUGUACAAACGCUUUUUGCAAAACGGUUCAGCUGUCUUGAGAACCUGCGGUCUCUAGAUUUGUCAUGUAGUUUCAUUUCAAACAUUGAAGACUUUGCUUUCUUCGGAUUGGCAAAUCUGGAGUCCUUAGACAUGACACAAAAUAGUAUAACCCAGUUAUAUGCAAACACAUUUAUUGGUUUACAUAGUUUGACAUUGUUAGACCUCAGGGAAAAUCCACAGAUCUACAAUAUUGAAGCAAUGUCUUUCGCACAUCUUACAUGUCUAAGACAAGUGUUUCUGGGGUACUUGAACUAUCCACCAAGAGAACCCGUGAUAAAGCUGAAUCUGACACUUGUAUUCGGUGAUGUUCUGAGUCACCUGACUCAUCUGCACAUUAGUUCAGGAAUGAGGCCAAUGCAGUUGAUUAUUGGCAGUAACAUCACAUCUAAACAGAACCUGAGUCUCCAACUCAAAGGCCAGACAGUGUCAUUUGAAGACUGUGACAGACCCUUCUUUCAGUCUGUAACCCAUCUUCAUGCUGAUGCUGAAGAAUUCCUUUGUGGAUCUGAAUUCAUGGGAAAGUACUUCAGGUCUGUGGAGACAUUUGUGUACAGAUCAAAGCUUUCAGCUAAAAGUGUGGACUUAACAUCAAUGAAUCAGCUCAUUCACCUGAGGAAACUGACUCUAGUACAGGUGGAUCUUUUAAUACAGCGUUCUGCCGACAUCAUUUUUCACAACCUGACCAAACUGGAGGUUCUGAAACUUUCAAACUGCAGGAUUGACUCUUUGGAGGGGGGUUUAACUAAAGACUUUAAAUCCUUGAAAACCUUAUAUUUGCGUAUCGAGAACGUUUAUCAGGUAAUCUACAGCUUUACUGAACAUCUCUCUAGCCUAAAGUAUUUGAUACUUGAUACAUUACAGAUGUUUUGCAGUUGUGACAAUGCUUGGCUCAUUGCAUGGGCAAAGGGGUACAGGCCGGUUGAAGUGAUCAUGCUUAAUCAUGAAGUUAUGUAUAAUUUAGAGGACUUGAUAUGCUUGUCAGACAAUGGACUAGACACACCUAACUUUGUCAAGUACACAGAAGCCAACUGCACAACAGAGGUGGGCUUUGUGCUCUUUGCUGCGACUGGCCUGGGAGUCAUCUUCUUCAUGCUCGUGGUGCUGGUCCAUAAUCUGACCGGUCCUUACCUCCUCCCGCUCUACUACAUCAUCCUUGGCUGGCUGUCGGAGGCGAUGCGAUCAAACACCAGGGGGCGCUACCACUACGAUGCGUUUGUCUCCUACAGUGGGAAGGAUGAGCGCUGGGUGGUGGAGGAGCUACUACCCAACCUGGAGAAGAGGGGUCCCCCUUUCCUACGCCUCUGUCUGCACAGCAGGGACUUCCAGCUGGGGAAGGACAUUGUGGAGAACAUCACAGACAGCCUCUACCGGAGCCGUCGCACACUCUGCCUGGUCAGUCGCCACUACCUGCACAGUAACUGGUGCUCCCUGGAGAUGAAGCUGGCCACCUCCAGACUGCAGGUGGAACAAAGGGACAUCCUCCUCCUGGUCUUCCUGGAGAAGAUCCCCCCUCGCAGGCUGUCUGCCCACCACAGGCUGGCUCGCCUGGUGAAGACCAGAACCUAUCUGGACUGGCCCCAGGACCCCCAUCAGCACCAGGCAUUCUGGGACAGACUGUGGGCUAAACUGAAACCUCCAACUGAAGCCUGAGAUCAGAGGUUUAUGUAGAACCUUGUGUUAAUGCUGAGACAAAUAAUGUUAGCAGAUUUGUUGAGGUAUUGCAUUUGCAGUUAAAAGUCCUCUGUACUAAGAGCCUCCUGAGUGGCGCUGCGGUCUAAGGUGUGCAUCGCAUUGCUUGAGGUGUCACUACAGACCCGGGUUCGAUCCCAGGCUGUGUCACAGCCUGCCGUGACCGGGAGACCCAUGAGGUGGCGCACAAUUGGCCCAGCGUCGUCCAGGUUAGGGGAGGGUUUGGGCCAUCUCGCUCUAGUGACUCCUUGUGGUGGGCCGAGCGCCUGCAAGCUGACUCCUUGGGGCGGGCAGGCACCUGUAUCUCGGUCGCCAGCUAGACUGUGUUUCCUUCUUCCGCGUCAAAAAGCAGUGUGGCUUGGCAAGAUCGUGUUUCAGAGGACAGAUGGCUCUCGACCCUCGCCUCCUGAGUUUGUAGCUUUGGGACAAGACUGUAGCUACCAAUUGGGACAAGACCUGAAAAAGGCUCCAUCACUGUUUUUAUACUAUUUGUGUUGCAUAUCAGGGUAAAACCAAUGUGGCCAUCUGAGGUAUGCUGCUUUGAAUGACAAUGCAUGAAUGACCUUGAACAAUUUUUUAAAAUUUCAACAUAGAUCAGAGGUGUGUACAUACAUUUAGUUGUUAGUUGUUUUACAAAUUUUUUAUCUGUAUAUGGUCUGCCAUAUUUGUCAUUUAACAAUUCUUAACUCAUGGGUGUGGGGAGGUGACUCCCUUUCUGGACAAUUGUUAUUUCUGCGUUAUAUUUGUGAGUUGGCGGGAACCUUGUUUUAUUGAUUUAUUUGAUCACUGAUAACUGUUAACAUUUAAGUACCUUACCAUGAUUGUUUUCAAUUAAAAUGGUCAAAAAGAAACAAAAAUGGUGUUUUAGCAAAUAGCAAUUUCUCAAGCAAGAAUUAGUGACGUCGCCAAGGCAUGCAAAAUUCCAUCCCACCAAAACAGGCUGAAAUUUCAGGCAAUCUUUUCAAACAGCUCUUACACUAAAAGGGCAUUAUCAUCACUUUCACAAAUUCACAGCAUUAUUCCAACCUCAUAGUGUGGAAAUAUAUAUAAAACACAGGAAAAACUUGCUUUUGACUGCGUUGGGCCUUCAAAAAACAAUUCCCCUGCCUUAGCAUAAGCAGAAGGAGUUAUCUAUAUUUUCAACGACCACAGAGAACUGUCCUCUUAUCAGACUAGUUUUCAGCAGCUUGCCUAGACCAGCAAUGCACCGGCUAUGGUAGGCCACAGAAUAGGCCUGUUAUGGCUGUCUAGCCUCCAUUAUUAUGGUGUCUGAUGGAGAGUACAGCCUUAUCAGUAUAAGCCACAGAGAAGCAUCAUCCCUCAAGCUAGAGGUCAGGUCUUCCCCGAGAGUAACCUUGGCUAAGACCUGAAUAAUUUAUGUUAGCUCCUUGAGGCUUGAGCUCUGUGGGCAAACACAAGCUAUAGACUCGGGUUCAUACCCAGUUGGUCACAGAAGCAUCUCUCUAGCCACAAGUUAAGCCCUCCCCAGGUCUUCCUAGUGGUCGUCCAGGGUGAAAGUUGCAGACGGGCCAGUGGGUCCCGUUCUUUAUCAAGGUGACUAUGGACUCCAUAGAGAGAAGGGGGCGACACACACAUGACAUUGUCACAGGGAAAGCCAGGGAGAUAAGACUGGAAAGCUGUUAAUGUCGGCGCUGCCUAGGUGGGUGGAUAGAUUUACAGAGGGGAGGGCGCGGCAGACGAAUCUCAGGAUUUCUGCUACGUUUUCCGCCACACAAUUUACAUCCGUCGUACUGUACAUUCCUAUAGAGUCGACCAGAUACCUGUCAGUGAGUACAGUAUGAUAUCGACCCAGAGUGGAGUCUGUCGGCGAGCCAGAUUUUUUUCAUGAAGGUAACGCAAAGUAACAUAAAUAGGAAUAUAACGUGUUACUUAAAUGUAAUGUACUUUUUCAAGUAACAAAUCCCAACAGUCUGGUGGUAACUAGCAGGAAAUACAUUACUUUUUCAAGUAACUAAUCCCAACACCGGUGGUCACUAUCGGGCAUAGCCACAGUCAUAAAAUCAGAUUUUGAACCUAACCUUAACCACACUGCUAACUUUAUGCCCAACCUUAAACUAAAAGCUAAUUUUGGUUUUCAAACACGUUUUACUAUUAGCAAUUUUGACUUUGCGGCUGGCCCAUUUAACGGAAAACGCUCAGCUGGGCCUCCAGGAGAAGAUUCAUCCCUAUAAACGUCAACCUGCAUAAAGGCAUAUGCUACAGGGCUCUGGAGAAGACUACAGUAGCAGAUAAUGGUGACAUGCUUGAAGUGAAAUCCCAAAUUCAAGGACAUUAGGAAAUGGCGGCACUCCAAAAUGGUCAAGAAGACUUAGUGACGGGAGGACACAUUGCUCUGUCUCCUCCCUUUCCACAUGUGGUGUGUGUAUGGGUAUGUGCGUGUAGCAUUAUAGCUGUGAUGUUCAUUGCUAAGAUCAUUUCCAAGAACUUCCUCUAUUUAGACGCCUGAUGAGCUUUCCUGUAACCCAUAUUUAUACCAAAUAAAUAAUUUUAAAAAGUUCAAUGUAAGUGUGUUCUGUAUUGAAAAUAAGAUAUC